GAUGGAUCCCAAAAUCAUAGAGUCAUUGUUGGAAACGGUUCAAAUACACAAAAAUGCUGUGAGACCCGAAGGACUUUUCAGAAAAACAGGCAGAUUAACUGUUCAGGACAAACAAGGGACUUGAACAUUUUUGAACAAUGAACAAUUUUGGUAAAAUAAUUAACAUUUUGCAGAUUCUGCAAGGUGUAUGUAAACUUUUGACUUCGAUAAUCAAAGAAAGAAGCAGACAGUUCAAAUUUUAUAGUUUUGAUGACUUUAUUGUUUUUAUAAUUUAUGUGGAAAAUACCAAAGAAAUUAGUAUUGGUAAAAACUAGCGCAGCUAGUGGUAGAAUUUGCCAUUAAACUAACAUUUAAUUUAAAUUAAGUUUGCAAAAUCAUCUAAAGAAGGGAUGAGCAGUAAACCUUAAAUAUUUUAAGUGUGUUAAAUAUAGAUAUUAUUAUAGAUCAAUACAGAUCGGUUUUGGACAAAACUACGAAACCCCAAGUUUAAAAAAAAAAGGAACUGUGGAUAAAUGCGAGAAACCAUUUUUGAUGACAUGUACAGUUACAAGCUAUAUAUUGAGUGAAGCUCAAAAUUACAACAACUUCAGCACUGGAGAAACACACAGAACCUUCGUUUCAAUAAAGAUUCAUUCUUUAUUUCCAUAAAGAAGACAAAUCCACCCCUAAAAAGCGAUGGCUGCGAUAGUUACCGGGCUCAUCCCAAUCCUCCGCACCGCUGUGGACUCCACCGCCACCUAUAAAGGUCGUACCAUGUGGUUCGGCUUGCUCUGCAUCCGCCUGGUGACCGUCUUUCUGGCUCAGUUUCCGUGGAAAAGCCUAAAUGAGGAUUUCGAUUGUGACACCCCAAACAAAUUCUGCGUUAAAGCAUGUUUUAAUACACACUUCGACAAUUCUAUAGUGAUGGCGUGGCAUUUCCUCUUUAUCCUUCUCGUGCUCUCGGUUCUUCUCAUGGAGCUGUUUUCUUCCCAUCUUCGAUCUGCAUUCCAGAAGAAGAAGGAGAGAGAAAUGGCAUCUCAAGGCGAGCAGGGAGGCGUCACUGAUCCCACCAUGACUGUUGGCGGAAGGAUGAUGAUUGACCUUCACAAGAGCAAAAGCAGUGUGGUGGUGUACCUGCUCAGCGUCAUGCUGCGGAUUGCAGUGGAGGUUUUGUUCGUGUACGUCUUGGUCUGCUGGGUUUUGCCUAAACUGGAUCUAGGGCCAUAUUCUUGUGAUGCAAGUUUUAGUAAUUGUUCAGAAGUGAAAUGUGUGGUUCGAGGAGUAGCAGAAAAGAAAAUGUCUGUCUAUGCAUUACUGUUUAUAUCUGCCCUGGUGAUUAUAACAAGCGGUAUGUUCUGUUUGUACUCGAUAGGCCACUAUCUCUGUGAUGGUUAAGAAAAGCUCCCAUUGAACAAAAGCAUGCAUCUGUAUAUAAAUUAUAGCUUUCUUUUUAUCUUAAAUGCUUUAUGGCUUACAGAUUAAUAUUGUGAUCUGUAUUAACUGCAUUUUUAAUCGGUGUAAUUUAAAUUCUAAGCUUAGAUGUAACUGCAAUAAACCAAGAACAAAAAUUAGUCAAGGAAAUGCUUUUUGGCACCGUGUGGUGUUUCUGUGUCUGCAUUUUUGUGUUGUUUAGUCUAGGUGAGAAGUCAUUUUUUGUGUGAAUGCUGACUGAGCUAUUUUGUUUUACAGUUCAGCUGUUGUACUUUUCAAGUAGAUAAAAAGUUUUCACAAAGAAUCACCAUAAUUGCUUUUUGUUUUGCUGGCCAGAUUUUAUUUCUUUAUAUUCUCUACUCACAUUUACAUAUAUUAAAUUAAAGUCAAUUAAUAACUAUGACAGCUGUUUGAGCGUUUUAAGAUAAUCACAGGCCAUACUGUAAAAUAUAUUUGGCUGAUGGAAGGGAUCAGUUGCAGAGGUCUGUGUUGCAGCACCGUUUCACCACCUGAGGAGGCACGUCGGCAGCACACUCAUUAGAGGUGGCACAUCUGCGCACCUCAC